AUGUGGACCAGCUCUGUUGCUGGUAUUUGUGAUCUAGUCUGUGAAUUUCUCCAUAUUCUGGAAUCAUGCUCUGAUCCAGGCCAACUGACAUCAACAGUUGUGAACGUCUCUCUGGUAUCACAAGUGGCUUGCGCAUUUAAAGUAGGUUUCCCUUUUCGGUUGAUAUACUCAUCUCCAUGGCGAUUUGGUUUCAGGAUUCCUAUAUGUGUACAAUCCAUUACUCCAAUUGCUGUCGGAAAUAUAUACAUGCUUUGCCAUAUCCGCUUGGCCUCCAUCAGUUCAUGGUUGGGAGUUGGAAACUUGAUCCAUUCGUUCGACUGUGCAACUAUGCUGUUCAUAACUCUAUCCACAGUCCGAGAUACCGUUGCUUGA